AUGCAACAGAUUGGGCUGGGACGCUUCCAGGCGCCCAGCAGGGCGCCGUUGAGGUGUGCAAGGUCGGGGCAGCGAGAUAUUCGCGGGGGUUGGGCCCUCGGCAGGGGGCAGCACGGAGGUGGCGCCCGCGAGGUGCCCGAAGUCGCCUCGAGGGACGCGAAAGGGACGCGGAAAGGGAAGAGGAGUGGGCGCGGUCGCCGCUUGGGUGCGACGGAGGGUAAGGCUCCGCCGAGGCCGCCGACUUCGGAGAACGACAAGAACGGCGGGGACGUGAACGCGGCGGGGAUGGGCCAGCCGUACCUCGGGGAGGAUGACGGCGUCUUCGGGGGCGGAGACUUCGUCCGCUCGCUCCGCGCCUUGCCCGCCCCUAUCUUCACCAACGAGGAUUCCUACUUCGAGGAGAAACUGGGAACCACGUUCCUUUUCGGCCAGCGACCUGAGGCGGAUCUGGAUGAACUCAACGGGCUCUUCGCAACCGUGGGGUUCCCUCAGAGGGACCCCACGCGGCUGAAACGCGCGCUGGUAAACUCGCACCACAUCGUGUGGUGCGUGGUGAAGGAUGGGAACAAGAAUCGCAGCACGCACCCGGGGCAGUGCGUGGGUUUCGCCAGGGCCACCAGCGACGGGGUAUUCUACGCGACGAUAUGGGACGUGGUAGUGUCCCCUAAGUGGCAGGGAUGCGGCAUAGGCCGAGGUAUGGUGCAGAGGCUGGUGGACAAGCUGGUGAAGGAGGACAUCAACAACAUUACGCUGUACACGGAGCCCGCCGUGGAGGGACUGUACCGAACCAUUGGGUUCGAGACGAUGGACAAGGCCACGGGGAUGGCCUUCAGGCACCAGAGGAACGCGAGAAGGGUGAGAGGGAGCGAAGACACCACGCGAUAGACGCUAUUCUUUCCGAGUAUUUGUAUUUUACAACGCUGUAGUUCUUGGAGCUUUAGUUCUUGGUGACCUCCUCAGGAUACGGCGCAAGGAACCAAACCUCAUUGUGCCUCCUAAAGAUCCUGAAGGGCGAAUCGUACCCGGCGAACACGAAGUGUUCUCUAUCUCCCACGUCGUCCAGACCGUCGCUUUCCAGGUCCUCACCCAACGUCUCGGCCUGCGCGAUGAGCUUCUCCUCGUUGGUCCACCCGCCGAAGGCCCUGACAAACGCGACGAAUCCGUCGGGGUCCUCGUCGAUGAACACCUCCGGGUCCGUGGGUUCGGGGGGAUCGAUCUGCGUCGUGGAUACUCCGUCGCCGUCGUAGGGUACGAAGAAUGAGACGGUGAAGUUGUUCUCGCAGAAGGGGCCGUCACCAGGGGUCAGCGUCACGCGCACAGGCGCAGUCAUCGGGAUGUGGGCGCUGUCGGAGUUUGCUCCCUGGAUGUAGUGGAAGAGUCGCAUGAACCCCUGAGAAACGGCCGCGUCGUACUUCACGCCGGUCACCACCGUGGACACCCACUUCAGACCCGGAGGAUACAGGCGCGUCUCGUACUUUGCAUUCUUCUUGGUCGUCUUGAACUUCGGACAGUCGAGGGAGUGGCAGAACCACGGGGGAGCAUCGGGAGCUUCUUCAUUAGGAUUCUUGGUCCACGUCGCCCUGAGUGCGGACUGAGAGGAAGUGAUGAAAGAGCUCGCCACACUCAUGGGGCGCGC